AUGCCUAAAGGAUCUUGUUUGUGCGGCCAAAUUCAAUAUGAAUACACAGGCAAACCAACGGUGACUGCUCUUUGCCAUUGUCAUGCAUGUCAAAAAUGGUGUGGCGCUACCUCCUCUUCCAAUUUGCUUGUAAAUCGAACUCAAUUCAAACUCCUGCAAGGAACUCCAAAGACAUUUGAGAUGCCCGGAGAUUCAGGAAAGAUCAACAAGCGAUCAUUCUGCGGGAACUGCGGAAGCAGUCUUUUUGGUGAACUCGAGCUCAUGCCUCAGUUUGUUGGUAUCAAAGCUGGGAGCCUCGAUGAAGGUGCUGCUGAUUAUGGCAACGUCAUGACUGAGUUCUACACAGAAAACCGACUCAGUUUCUGUAAAGCUAUUGAGGGCGCGAAACAAGAACCCAAGUUCGGGAACUAA